AUGAGUAACCCAACAUUUGUCUUCUCGCUGGGUGCUUGGAUUAUCCCGGCUACCUUUGAUGCCACCCGCUCCCGCCUGGAUGUCCUCGGGUUUCCUUCGGCCUGCCCCGCUCACCCUUCAAUUGGUGCUGAGCCACCUAUCAAGACAUUGUCUGAUGAUGUUGCAUCACUCCGCGAGGUGUUGGUGAAGCUCGCAGAUAAAGGUCAAGAACUGGUUGUUGUGGGUCACUCCUACGGUGGAGUCGUCACCUCAUGUGCGGUUGAAGGGCUGAGCAAAGAAGCCCGUGUGAAGGAAGGCAAAAUUGGUGGGGUCAUCAAAGUUGUAUACCUCGCCGCAUUUGCCAUUGACAAGGGACAAAGCUUGCUGGGUAUGCUGGGUGGAAAUUAUCUGCCCUGGAUGAAGGUUGAGGGCGAUUACGUCCUCGCAGAUGGUGCUGGAGCGAUUGGCUGGCAAGAUCUUUCCCUUGAAAAGCAAGAAAAGUGGAACGAGAUGUCACUACACACUUCCCGUGCAGUGUUUUCCGGCGAGUCAACAUAUGAGCCCUGGAGAGACAUUCCUUGCGCCUAUAUUGUGUGUGAGCAAGAUCAUGCACUGCCUCCUUCUUUCCAAGAGCUAUUUGCUUCCAAGAUGGGUGGUCCGGAGAACACCUACCGUCUCCCAAGUUCGCACUCGCCAUUUUUGAGUAUGCCGGAACGUCUGGCAGAGCUUUUGCAGGAGAUUGUGAAGGUAAAGGCUUAA